AUAUAUAUACACACACACACACACACACACACACACACACAGAGACCCAUCGAAGCUUCAAAACUAAGACAUACCAACCUACGCCAUCAAAAUUUUCAAUCAUCCAACAGCGUGGCCAGUGGCUAUAGACCAGCUACUUCCUCUCCAAACCUCCGUGGCUGAUGGCGGAAUUAAGAUCGGAACUAGUAAGAAUGGAGUUGUUGAACAGUAGGUCGUGGACGAACGAGAAGCACGUCAAGUUUUUGAACAGCAUGGAGGAAUCCUUCGUGCGUGCCAUGUUUGAGAAGAAGAAGGAUCACCGUCGUCCUCCUCGUCUCGACCGGUACUUUCCGGACACUUCCGACUCAACCCUAGAUCUCAAAACCAGCAGCAGAAUUUCCAAAAACCAUAACUCUUCACAAGGUGGCAGAAUGGGCGGUAGAGGUCAUAAAAGAUCGAGGACGUUAUCAUCUCAGCCGUCCAUUGCAUCAGAAGAUCAGGUGGUCCCACAAAUUACGAUCAGAACGGUUGAUGAUAAAGAGCACCACAAUGGACCUCAGCUGGCACUGUCUGCACCUAUCAACUAAGAACAGAGAUCACCCAUCCAUCCAUGUAUAUGAUUAGUUCUUGCUAAUGUUAAUCUUAUCAUUAUUAAUUAUUUCUAGGGUUUCUUUUA